GACUUGAACCUCGUCCCAUCUCGUCCUGCAUGCGACUGUUGAGCUCAAGUCUUCAUCGGAGCUCUCACGUCUGGCGGUUUUUCUUACAAAUCAAAAAUACGGAAAUGAGAAAUACCAUGGACCUAUGAGGAAAUAGGAAAUACGGAUCGUGAAAUCACGGAUUGCAUCCCCAGUUCUAGGUCACAACGCCAUCUACAGACACGUGUUGAUCUCUAUUAUUCUUGUGUUACUUCCCAAUAAUUCAAAUGAUAACAUACCUAAAUGCGGCGUCAUCGGUACAGAAAAUACAUUGUCGUUUAGUGGAAUUCAUACGUGACGGAGCUUAUUAUUAAAACUGACAAAACGCUCCAAGUGGCUUAACGUUCGUAUCGAAAGAAACUCUCUUUUGACUUGAAACUAUGGUCUAUUUGCAACACUGCUCUGCAACCACUUCAUGUGUAAUACACGCGCCGUAACUAUAGCGGGGAAUAACUUGAGAACGUGGAACAGAGAAUCGGCUCCUGGCUUGUUUAGCCAUAAGAUUUCCGGGCCCAUUAAAUUUAUAAUUUCAUGUGCUAGGUACUCGAUCAUAAUCAUGAUUUUCAAGUCAUUUAACUUAUCAGUAUGGGAUCUCGUGUUGUAAAAUCGGUGUUUCUUGACGAUCUGUGAGGCCUGCAGACGAGGGCUUUAUCGUGGUCCGAGAUAAUGCUCAAUUUGGCACCAUUUGCAGGAGCAUCAAACGUGAUUCCAAUAAAUAAAAUGCCAGACGAACGAAGCCCGCGCGAACCUGCAGAAUCGAAGGUACCAGCAGUGAUUGAAGAAAUUGAUACCAAUGUAGACGAUUCUAUUUGCACACGUGCAUUAUUACGAAAAAUCGAAUUACUGGAACAAAAAACUGUCAAUGAAACGGGAAAAGUGCAAAUAUCGAAUAUACCAUCACAGAAUAUUGACAGCAUUGAUAUGGCGAAUAAAGUGUUGUGUCCGAAAUCAAAGAAUGAACAAGAGAAUCAAUCGUCAAAGGAUUCUGAUAUCUCAGGUAGGACUACAAUAGCCGACAAUCCACAUCAUAGAAAGAAGCCUUUGUCCAGUGCCUUGUUGAAACACACAACUACAAAAAGUAAAUUGAUGCAAACUGAAGUAAGAUUUACUCGUGCCUCUAGUAGGCGUGCAUUUUUGAGAUCCUACAUAGCCAAUCAGUUGAGUUUUUCUGACACUCAAACAGAAAUUUCAGAAAAAUUGACACAGAAUUCUAAUAAGCUCAGCUCCGAAAAUGAAAAUCAUAUAAAGGAAAAUAUUGAAAUAACUGAAAUUGUGCCAGACAGUCCGCAAAGCACAAAACCAUCUUUACUUAAGCCACAUGUGAAGUCAGUUAAAAAUGAACAGAACAAGAUUUUUCUAGCAUCUGAAACUAAUGAUGAUAUUAUUCUCAAAAACAAAGCAGUUGAUGUGCAUUCUGCAAGUGAAAAUUAUAGUAGAAAUCCAAUAAUUUUAUCAAGAUCCAGGUUUUGUAAAAGAAAAUCUACUUUACCAGUUGAACGCACAGAUAUUCAGACACGGCUAUCACGAAGCUUGCAAUCAUUGGAUAUCAAAAAAUAUAUACACACCUCGCAAUCAGCAACAUUUGCAAGAAAUGAUCAGUUUACAACUGGUAAGAACUUCCCACAAAAACUCAAGAAAGAAGAAGAAUGUAAUAUCAUUUGUACCCCUGACAUCAAUAUAAACAAUUUCUUUAUUGAUGAAAUUCCCAGCAACGAUCAUAAAACUGCUAGUCCACCUGGCAAAGAAAACAGAGGUGAAUUAAGAAGUACUCGAAAUCUGCGUUCCAGAAACCCUCACAAAAGCUCUGCAAUCAACACUAUUUCUUCACACCGAAAAACUAGAAGUGCUACCAAAGCCGCAUCAAAAUCUUCACCAAAAUCCGUGAGACAUGACUUAACAAAGACACAUUGUCGCCCGGAACCAAAACUGAGGCGUAUCAAUAUGCUAAGCAUGCCUGUUCAUCAUACUAAAAUGGCUUCACCAAAAGAUGAAGACAAAGAUAAAAUGCAGGGCACAGAUAAGAAGUUGCCAUCAUGGAUGGGAAGAGAUUCUGAUGAGACAAAUGAUUCACAUUGUAAAAGAGCUCAGAAUGAAAAUAAUAGUGCUCAAUUGGCGACUGCUAAAGAAACACAGACUUUCUUCAAUAGUCUUUCUCUGUGCAGCAGAUCAAAUGAGAGUAGCAACCCAAAGGUCCUAUAUGUUGGACAUACUGAUUCUGAAGAAACAUUGAGCAAUGUAGAAUCCGUUCCAAACAGUCCAAUAUUUCAAUUAGAAUCUUGGACGGAGAAAGUUAAGAAGAAUUUGCAGUCAAAUAACAAAGGAGGAAAAUCAAGUUUGGGUGCAGAUAUUUCAUCCAAAAGAAGCACAAAUGCUAUUGGCUGUGCAAUUCCUGUGAAUGUUAGUACUGACUCAAUCAAGAAUCACACGGACGAAAAAUCAAAAUCAGUCAACAGUAAGCAUAAUAUGGUCAUAGACUGUCAACAAAAAAAAUCUGAACUACAACACAAUGAUGGUGUCAGGGUGGAUACGAUUCCACUUUCUUCCAACAAAGGCACCCAAAAUGAUUUAGUGAAUGUUGACAACGAUGAAGACUCUGAGAAUUUAAAAGCAAUGCCUUGGCUCAAAUAUUAUGAAAAAUCACGUGCUAAUCAUAAAGAACGUAUAGAAAAUACCCUAUCUAAGACCAGCCAUACAGAGGUUGCUGCGAAGAAAAAUGAACAUUUGUGUAAUACACUUAUAAAAGAUACUCAAGCAAUUAAGAAGGCUCCUGCUGAUACUGCCAAUAUCUCAAAAAGCUCUGUUUUGAAACAUCAAAAAUACAAGUAUCCAACACCAGUCAAACCAAGUUCUAGAAAACGGGGAAGACCAUCAAAACAGGAUCUUCAAAAUUCUAAAUUGAAUUCAGGCCAAACAGUGAAGAAAAAUCAUUCUAAACUGAAUCAGGGUUCCACAUUGAAUGCUGAUAGUAGAAGUCAAUGGUACAAUUCAGACAACCCACCAGAAAAGAAAAAGGCACUGAGUGGUUCUGCUUUGAGUACGUCAGAAUUGGAGCAACUAUUUUUGAAAUUCUUAGAACAUGGACAUUUUAGAAACGACCCUGGACAACCAUUAUUUGUUACUCAUGAGAAAAAUUUCUAUAACAAUGCCAUAUCAAGACUAUACUGUUAUGAUACUAAGAAAGAUUACAUGCAGCCUUAUUACAAUGUGAAUGCAGACAACAAUAUCAAAAGCUAUGUACCCUCCGAAUCACGAAACCAGUUUCCAAGUCAUACAAAUAAUUCGAAUUCAGCUAAAUCUGGACGCAAACUUCGAACAAUAAACCCAAAUUCAUACCAGAACAUUACUUACAAAAAUGGAGGUCAAUCAACACGUUUUGAAAAUAUAGAUUCAUGCUGUCCGCCUACAGAUACAGAUUAUACAAUUUCUGAUCCAUUGGGAAGACACUCCAACGAAAGUAGUAGAUUUGCGACUGAUCAUCGUAAUUAUAACUCGGAACUUUCAGCACAUAUAACUUCAGCUUCAAAUAUGCAACAAUCCGGGUACAUCACAGCUCCAGACUAUUACCAAAACUGCGACAACAAUGAUAAGAAUCUAAUGAAAAAUGAUUUCUAUCUGCACAACAAUUUCUUUGUGAACUCUAAUAAUUGUAUAAGUGAUAUCAAUAAUGAUACAAAGACAACCGGUCAAUCAAAUAGCGAACACUUUAGCAAUUACUUUAACUCUGCACCAAACAGUGUAUUCCAACAGCAAUCGCCUCAACCUCGCAGAGAGGUGGACUUUUCGAUGAACAAUGAGAACUCGCUACCAGGAAAUAACACCUACAGCUUGUUGCAUAAUACUUCCGUGAAUGAUCCAAAUUUCGAGUGGAAUUUGAAUAAUAUGAACCAUCCCUUGGAGCCUGUGAACGAAUUACAAACAAAUUCGAAUUCAACGAACUAUCUAAACGAGCCUAGUUAUGCCUUAGGGAAAAAUUCCGAUAUGAACAGUUUCUUGCACGAUACAAAUUCAACGGUGGAUUAUCCCAAUCCUUGGAUAAAUACAACAAACAGUUCAAUAACUCAUGGAUAUCCGACUUCACUACCAUGGCACGGAUCUCUACCGACGUAUAAUUCAUAUUCCGGCAACAAAAACCGAUGUUACAACAACCCGUGGAAUCCUUACAUAGGAUUGGUGGGUUACGAUGCAUCCAAUUCUCCUCAUUCGAACACAAAUGCCAAGCAUAAUGUGGAAAACAACAAGACUUCAUCAACACAAGAUAUGUUCUCUACAACAGAUGGAAAUUACUCGUUGAAUGCUAUAUAUUCUGAACAACCUGGUAUUAAUUUUGUCCCGCUGCAAAAAAACAAUCCAAAUGAAGGGAUAAAUGUAACUUUGGACAAUAAUACCACUGCAAACACUAUGAAUCCUAAACCAUGUUCAGCAAAUCUGAAUGACAGCAAUACCUCUACGGGACAAAGCCGUGGGUCUGAUUCUGUCAUUGAAUCAUUAUGCAAUAAUGUAAAUGCACCAGUCUUUCUCAACACUAAUAACAACACGCCAGCAAGGACUGUUAGUUGUGUGGAUCAAACAGCUAUUUAUUCGUCGCCUUUUACUAAUGAUAUGAACCGCCUUGAUUUCAAUGAUCCAGAAAAAGGAAACUUUAAUAAGAAUAAUGGCAAUGAACAACAAAACCAGAAUGCAUUAUACAUCAAGGAUUACACUGUCGAAAGAAUAGCGAGUUUUGAAGACUGUUUUCAACGAAAAUACGGACAUCCUGUUCGAUCUCAAACCUGUGAACAGCCACCAUAUGUUAAAGAAACAGAUAUAUCAAAAUUACGACAAGAGCUCGCUGAUUUUACCAGGCAAUACUCCGAUGGUCAGAUUAGUCCUAUAUCGCAGAUGUUACAAGAUAAUGAGAUAUUCAUUUGCUUGUCACAGAUCCUGGAUACUGAAAGCAACUCCCCAUAAACUUUUUCAAAGCCAUUAUACCAGAGAUGGCUAUGUUAUCCCAUUUAAUGUGAUCAUCUUUCAUUUUUUGACUCCCUACAUGUCACAAUGCAAGAUGCAUCAAAUGUAACAAUAAUUUUAAGUUAAAAACGUACUUGCAUAAAAUUGAUUGUGCAUUCGACAUGCUGUGAGUGUUACACUUUCAUUGUUGGGUAUAUUAAAAAGGUGAAACUGAUUUUCUUUAUGGAUAAAAAUUCUCUAUCUGGCUAACGAGCAUGUUUAAAUAUUUCUUAAUAUUUCUCAUAAUUUCUUAAUGACAUUGUUAAACAAAUCCCUUUUCCAUCAAAUCAGUGGGUAGAAGAUUCUAAUACUCUUAGAAUACGAACAGCAUCAAGAAAUUGUAUUACAGCAAACUUCCAAAAAUAUUAGGUAUUAAACUGCUCUUAAAAAUUCAUUUGCUUCAAUAUUGUUAAAAGAGAAUCUAAAAGACUGGACUGAAUAGUUCGACACUAGUCUAUCUUUGCUACUGAAAAUGCUGAAUUUAACGUAGUAAGUUAAAGUAUGUUCCUAAACAUUCUAGUUGUUUUUACUUUAAACUUAUAUUUGAUAUUCUUCAUUAUUGUAAUCAAAGUACCAAAGUAUCACAAAUAAUACUAUCAAUAAUACUAUCAAAGGUUUAUAGAUAUUCGAAAAAAGUCAUCGAAUGUCUUUGUUAUUAACUAUAGUUACUUUCAUGUGUUGUUAUUUGUUAGUUUGUUACCUUGUGUCAUACACGGUUGCACCUUACUCCAUAAAACUUUAUGUUCCUGUACUUCGAUACUCCAUAGCGAUCAUAAGAUGGACUGUAUGUAAUACUGAAAUAUAUUUGUUGUUUG